AUGAGCACUUCUUAAAAAAUAAAAAGAAGAUAAUAGCCUUCCGAAUAAAUGGGAUUUUGUGUUUAAUGCUUAAAUUUCAUUCCAAUAGCUUAAAUUGAUCUUCAUUGUCGAAGUUGCAUGGAAAAUAAUAGAAAAAUCAAUAGUUAAAUUGAUUAAAUCUCAUCUCAAUUGCUACAUAUAAAGACAAUAGCAAUAAAAGGGGCAGAGAAAUAAGAUGAAAGCAGUGAGAAAUUUAAGUUUCUAAUAAGAAUACAAGAAUUGAGUUCUUAAAUAGAUGCUAUUCGAUGCUAUAACGCAUAGAGUGUUAAGAAACUUAAAGAUAUUGAAAGUGAAAUAAAUGUACUGAUAGCAUAUCCUUAAACAUCCAUGACUAUUAUGAUGUUAUUAAGUAGAUUGUUUUCAUUGGUGAAAGAAAAAUUGUAGUUAUAGAAUCAAAAAAGGUUAGUUUCUUAGAAUUCAUAUCCUUAAGCAGUUGAUACUAGAAUAAAGACUGAGUCAUAGAAUGAAGAAUAGAGUGAGAAAGGAUAUAUUUAUAGAUAAUUUAAAUCAGAGAAUGACAUAAGAAAGGUAUCUGAAUUUAAAAGAACAUUUUAUUCGAAAUGUUUGGAGUUGAAACUUAAAUUAGGGAAGAAUGAUCCAGCUUAGUAAAUUUUAGUUUAAGAUUUAUUCGAAAGAGUAGUUAGACGGAAUUAUAAUUAAGAAGAAGCACUUAGAUUUGUAAAGAGAUGUUUUUAAGAAGGUAAAAUUAAUUAAGUAUGA